AUGGGGUAUGGUGGCGAUCAGGAUGCUGGUAUGGGGUAUGGGGUGAUCAGGGUGCUGGUAUGGGGUAUGGUGGCAAUCAGGAUGCUGGUAUGAGGUAUGGCAGUGAUCAGGAUGCUGGUAUGAGGUAUGGCAGUGAUCAGGACACUGGUAUGGGGUAUGGUGGCGAUCAGGAUGCUGGUAUGAGGUAUGGCAGUGAUCAGGGUGCUGGUAUGGGGUAUAGCGGUGAUCAGGACACUGGUAUGGGGUAUGGCAGUGUUCAGGAUGCUGGUAUGGGGUAUGGUGGUGAUCAGGACACUGGUAUGGGGUAUGGUGGUGAUCAGGAUACUGGUUUGGGAUAUGGCAGUGAUCGGGAUGCUGGUAUGGGGUGAUCAGGAUGCUGGUAUGAGGUGAUCAGGAUACUGGUUUGGGAUAUGGCAGUGAUCAGGACAUUAGCAUGAGGUAUGGAAGUAAUCAGGAUGCUGGUAAGGGGUGAUCAAAACAUACAAUGGAGGAAUAGCAUGGAGAGAAAUGAAGGCAUGAGUAGAAAGAAGGAUUAACUUGGGAUCUGAAGGUAAUCCUGUGGGAUGUUUU